UGUGCGUGACGUCUUUAACAAACGCACAACCGUCACGUGUUUACAUCCUGAUAUAAAACACGUAUAUAAAUACAGUUUGCAUCAGUAUGUGUGGACGUUUGGCUGAUGAUAAAACUUAACUUUAUCUGUGUUGGAAAUCUUACAAAUAUCGAUUGAAGUUUAACACAUUGACAGAUUUUAGUGUUUCUUAUUCGCUAUGGAAAAUAACUCGAAUACUUCUGAAAAAUGGCGGCAUUGGAUAACAUGUCAAUUAUGUGUUGAUAUAGUCGUAUGGUUGUGUGCGGCUGUACCAGUUUUGAUUCUGUUUCUUUUUAUAACACCCUAUGAUAGAGGGUUCUUCUGUGAUGAUGUCACUUUAAGUUACCCCUAUAAGCCCGACACUGUAUCUGCCUCGCAUCUUGUACUCGGAGGGUUUUCUAUAUCAGUUGCUGUUGUUGUGGUUGUUGAAAUUCUACGCUCUGUAGAUUGUAAUAGAAAGAAGUCAGCCCAAGUGAGAGACAAUAUUUCGUAUUGUAUUAAAGGUUAUGGUGUUUUUCUCGUGGGUUUCGUCAUCGAGCAAUUCGUUGUGCAAGUUUUUAAGAAACAGAUGGGCGUGCUGAGACCAAAUUUCUUCGAUGUAUGCAAACCAGACUUUAAUAGAUCAUUCUGUCCAGGUUACAUUACAAAUUACACGUGUUCAGGUGACGUAAAGGAAAUACAAGACAGCAGGCAAUCGUUCCCAUCAGGCCAUGCGUCAUUCUCAAUGUACGUGGCCGUAUUCUAUUGUAUAUACAUACAGAACAGAUUAGAAAUAAAAUUUUCCGUUAUCCUGAAGUUCUUUCUGCAAGCCGGAUUAAUAUGUUUGUCAGCUGUAUGUGGGUUCACCCGUAUAACAGAUCAUUUUCAUCACCCAACAGAUGUAGCAGCAGGAUUUCUCCUGGGUGUUACCAUAGCAAUAUUUGUUUAUAACAUGAUUGGAAAGAAGGUAUUAAAGACGGACAGUUGUGAUAAUAGCGCAUAUAUGCAAAAUUUAUUAUUAAUGGCAAAAUCACGUGACUAUUACUAUUCAGAAGCACAGACCCCAUUAUCGCAAACACCACUGCCAUUGUUAAAGAAUGACUUUUUAAAUAUGGGCUUUGAAAAGACACCAACUACACCUUUGUUACCUUUGAACUCACCGUUUAACGUUCGACGACCCGUGUCGAUGCCAAUAGAGCCAUUGAAACUGUUGGAGGAAGUUUGAUGAACGUCUUCGAUAGAUUAACAUUAACAUUUGUAUCAACUGACACCUCAUUUUCGUGUAGCCAGGUUCGCAAUACGUGAACUUCAGGGUUGCAAUACGUGAACUUCAGCUUCGCAAUACGUGAACUCCAGGUUUGCAAUACGUCAACAGAUGUUGCAUUGCUUUAUACGAUCUAUUUGAUAUUUCUAUAAACUAUUACGAAUCUCUCAUUUCGUCCAUUGACACCAGUUAGUAAAAGGCUUAGAACAUGGUUCUAUGCCAAUAAACAAUUGCAUUGAAUUGGGUUGUUAUGUUGUAAACUAAAUAUUCUACAAAUAUCAAACGUCAUAUCAUAAUAUAAUUAAAUAUUGACGACACAUUGUGAUAAAAUCUUGGAUAUUAUUUUAUUAAACCUUAGUCUUUAAGUUCAA